GCUUCCAGCUCACGCGGACGUGUGUGUUCCAGUGUCUGAGUUAUGCUUCCGGAGUAACUGCUACUCACGAAAUGGAGGAUGAACUACUACAUUAUUUGGACUUUGAAAACCACCCAUUGCUAACCUUAGCUGGAAAUGAAUCUUCUGGUCAGGAGCUGGAAUGUCUUUUCCUGUCCCAUCUGGAGUCCACAACACUGGAGGCGUUAUGUCCUAGAAUGUGGGAUGGACUACUUUGUUGGCCACCCACGCCUCCAGCCACAUUAGCCCGACUUCCUUGCUUUGCCGAGCUCAAUGGGAUAAAAUAUGACACUUCCAAGAACGCCACCAGAUGGUGCCAUGCGGACUACAUGUGGGACAACGUCACCAACUAUACGGCAUGUCACAACUUGCUGGGAGAGGAAGGAGAGUUUGUGCCUGGGGUGGAGGUGACGACCGCCAUUUACUUCAUGGGUUACACUCUCUCACUAGUGGCGCUGUCUGUAGCCGUGAUGCUCUUCUUGUACUUUAAAGACUUGAGAUGUCUCAGGAACACCAUCCACACGAACCUGAUGUGCUCCUACAUCCUGGCAGACUUUAUGUGGAUCCUGACUCUUCAGCUCCAGGUUUCAGGACAGUCCAACAGUCUCUUCUGUGCCGUACUUGUAGUUCUUUUGCAUUACUUUCACCUCACUAACUUCUUCUGGAUGUUUGUUGAAGGACUGUAUCUCUACAUACUAGUUGUGGAAACCUUUAAUAGAAAACACAUUAAGCUACGGGCCUAUAUAUUCAUCGGCUGGGGUUCUCCUCUAGUCUUCAUACUGGUGUGGGCCGUUGCCAAAUCCAUUCACCUGUACCAACAAACUGCCCAGAUGCACUCGGACAGCCGCCAUUGCCACUGGAUGUCUCAGCAUAUCAUAGACUGGAUAUACCAAGGACCUGCCUUGACUGUUCUGGCCAUCAACCUCAUCUUCCUGGCGUUGAUCAUGUGGGUGCUAAUAACAAAGCUACGCUCAGCGAAUACACUGGAAACACAGCAGUACCGCAAGGCAGCCAAGGCUCUCGUGGUGCUCAUUCCUCUCCUAGGGGUGACAUAUAUCCUGUUUAUUGCUUGGCCUUCAGAAGGGGUGGCUCUAUACACAUACUCCAGGGCUCUUCUGCUUUCUUUACAGGGUUUCACAGUGGCGCUAUUCUACUGUUUCCUGAACACCGAGGUGCAGAACACAGUACGUCACCACUGGGAGGUCUGGAGGGAUUCCAGGGAGCUGGGCUCCAGCAGACGAUACUGGUCGAAGGAUUGGUCCCCUAACACGCGUACAGAUAGUAUCAGGUUAUACAGCAGUCACCACGUUGCGCCUUUGAAGCGAGAGUCAACCGCAAGUGACUCUCAUCUGGCACCUCAACAUUACAACAAGAGAGAGUCCACCAUCAGCAACGUGACGACACUCACAGUGUAUAACGGCUCUGGUCUGUCACUCAGACCUCCCCUUAGUCCGCACAGAGAUGUUGAGAUCAUCUAGAGAAACCAUUGCCCUUUUGGGGUGAUUUAGUGAUCUCACUCUCCGUCUUCCUUCGAGAUUUUGUCAUUCCAGGAAUCUGUGUAUAAGUGUGAUAAUCUUCUAAAGGGACAAUAGUCCCGAAAUGAACAUUGAAACCAUCUGGAAAAAUAGUCUCUCGGUACAGUCUUUAAAAUACUUCAAGGAGAACAUCGGCACUCUUUGUGAUGUUGAAAUAAUAACCACUUAAAUUUUAAAUUGAUAUAAAAGCCCGCAUAUUUUUACGUAGGCUUGACUAAGUGGUGAUAUUAUUAAGUUUUAUUAAACAGUAAGACUUCCUUCUGCAUACAUAACACAACGACUGGAAAAAAUAUGUGGAUGAUACUAACAUAUACGCUGCAGAAAGAUAAUAUUACCCCAAUAUUAUUAUAAUGUGCGUCGAAAUGUAUUUAAGUAACAAUCUACCUGUUAAGUUUGCAGACGGCAUCUCGAUUAUUUACCAGCAAUUUUUGCAGUCUCAUGUUGGCAUUGGAAAUUUAACGGAUUUUUUAACAUCCUGUUAGUGUUAAGAUAAAAAAAUAUCAUUAUGGAGUUUUGUAGAAAUUUCUUAUCAUUACACUGAAACUAGCAGCAAUUAAUGUUUCUGGAACUAAAUGGCGUUAUUGUAGAUAUACUGUAUUUACUGAUACUUUCAGAAUGGCUCAAUGAAGAUAAGUUUGUUAACAAACCCUGAACUAACUGUAAUGUACUCUAAAAACGUGUUUAAAUAACAAACUACUUUCAAUAGCACUUAAUUAAAAAAAAUAAUACUGCCUCUUAAAAUUACGUUAAAAAUAUACCGCCUUCGUUACCAGUCUGAUCGGGAAGAUUCAAUUGUAAAAUUUUAAAUACAUAGACGAGAAACCUUAUUGGCAGGUUGCAUUGUAAGGGUCACUUCUUCGACAACGCUUUUUUCUCAAACAGUUAAGUUUUGUUGGUUACUUUAAUAUUUAGUUUUAUUGGCGUAACAUAAUAAAAUAACAUAAAUAAUAUAACAAAUGUGUAUAUAAAAUUAUUUAUUCGUUAAAUAUUUUACAUACAAUUAUUGAUAUAUUUAACGUUAUUUAAAUAUAGAGACAAAAUAUUAUAACCUUAUUUUUCUAUGACAUUACAUUUGGUAAACAUGAUCAGUUACAAUAACCAAAGUAAUAAAUAUUUAAAUGCAUUAAAUGCAUUAUUAUAAGUUUAUUUGAAAUAUACACCUUAGUUGUACAAACACAAUUACUGAAUUUGUAGUUUUAUCAGGGCUAUAAAGAACUCAGUGAUAUAGUUAUAUUGUUUUGAAUACAAAGUAAGAGGCUAGUUACCCGACAUAACAAAUGUUACCCUCAUGCAACCAAGUAGUAUGUGGCAAUCCUAAUACUGAAUUGAAAUUUUGUUAUUUCCAAAACAAAAACUAUAAUAAUAAAAAUUAAAUAUAAGUAAAAUCAACACUCUGUUGUAUCACUACAUGUUCGUUCUUUCAAGAUGUAUCAAAUAUUUGAGUAUAAUGUACAUAGUGUUUCAAAAUAGCCUGCGUAUAUAAGCUGGCAUGUACAGAUAACACUAUCUAUCCCUUUACUAUAUCUAAUGUUAGUACAGUGGUAAUUGCACUUAAAACAUACUGUUGAUUACGGCUCAAGUAAAACAUUGUAUAAAAUAUUAUAUGGAUAUUAUUUCUUUAUAUAAUUUACAGAGACUUACAGUAUGUGUAUAUGAGUGAAAAUGUGUAAAUAUACGUUUUCACAGUUACUUUAACGAUUUCAGUAAUAAUGGCUAAAGUUUUUUAACGGCUAUGAAAGGUUUAAAAUGAUAGAUUUCGGACAUUUCCCAUCGUUAUAAGUUACGUCGUUUCGGGGAAUGAAAUGUAUCACCUUCGUCAGGUGCUAAUAUAAUUAAUGCACAAAAAAGAAAGAACAAUUUUGUACUAGAGAAAAACCCCAGGCAUUGUCAGAAUACAGGGUGCAAGUCACGAACACAAGUCACCAGCACGAGAAUUCAAGAGUACUAUGAUAAAUUACAUUAGUACAGGAGUAAGUAGGAGACUUACUUAUGUACUUAGUUAUGUUAAGACUUAAAAAUUAAUGUCAAAAUCCAGCUGCCUCGCAGAGUGUCAUCUGAAACAAUAAGACGCGAAUUGGUGCUAAUAUAAUUAAUGCACAAAAAAGAAAGAAACAUUUUGUACUAGAGAAAAACCCCAGGCAUUGUCAGAAUACAGGGUGCAAGUCACGAACACAAGUCACCAGCACGAGAAUUCAAGAGUACUACGAUAAAUUACAUUAGUACAGGAGUGAGUAGGAGACUUACUUAUGUACUUAGUUAUGUUAAGACUUAAAAAUUAAUGUCGAAAUCCAGCUGCCUCGCAGAGUGUCAUCUGAAACAAUAAGACGCGAAUUGGUGCUAAUAUAAUUAAUGCACAAAAAAGAAAGAACAAUUUUGUACUAGAGAAAAACCCCAGGCAUUGUCAGAAUACAGGGUGCAAGUCACGAACACAAGUCACCAGCACGAGAAUUCAAGAGUACUAUGAUAAACUACAUUAGUACAGGAGUAAGUAGGAGACUUAAUUAUGUACUUAGUUAUGUUAAGACUUAAAAAUUAAUGUCGCAAUCCAGCUGCCUCGCAGAGUGUCAUCUGAAACAAUAAUACGCGAAUUGGUGCUAAUAUAAUUAAUGCACAAAAAAAAAAGAAAAAUUUUGUACUAGAGAAAAAACCCAGGCGUUGUCAGAAUACAGGGUGCAAGUCACGAACACAAGUCACCAGCACGAGAAUUCAAGAGUACUAUGAUAAAUUACAUUAGUACAGGAGUGAGUAGGAGACUUACUUAUGUACUUAGUUAUGUUAAGACUUAAAAAUUAAUGUCGAAAUCCAGCUGCCUCGCAGAGUGUCAUCUGAAACAAUAAGACGCGAAUUGGUGCUAAUAUAAUUAAUGCAC